AUGGACAUCGACCUGAGCCCCGCCCAGCAACGCUCUUCCCGGAAACACCUGCGCAGUAGCGACGAAUAUGAGGCGUCCGAUUGGAGCUCAGAUGUCUCUGGCCGAUUUGACGAUGCUCCCGAAGAGCCCGAACUGGAGGACUACAAGACCUCGUCGGCGAAAACAGUCAAACGACGUCGCUCGAACGAUUGGCCUCUGCCGGAGGAGGCGGCCGACUACGGGCAUCACGGCCACCGCGCCGCGCGCAAUGGCGCUAGAAAUGCCAAUCUGACACCGAGUCACACAUCCUCGCCUCGCGCAUCGGCAACUUCCCUGCGGGCCCGAUAUGGUGGUAUCUCUUCUCAUAGUCCGCGGACGCGGCUGGGGCGGCGCUCGCGGUUUGUUGAGGCGACGAUGAGCGAUAGUGUUAGCGAAAAGCCGCCAAGUAUUUUCAUGCGCGAGAGCAAACCAGCUGGUCCACACCAUCGAGGGUCGGGGAUCUUUCGAUUUGGAAAGGCAAUUGCAUCUGCAUUCAACCCGUUCGGCGGUUGGAGUAAGAGCACGCCCGAAAAUGUCACUAAGCCGCAGGCUCAGAAGGAUGCCCUCAGCCAGGCAGAGCAGGCUUAUGCAGAGCUUAAGAAGGCCGGCUACAAGGGCACGAACAAAGGCGCUUACUUUCAGAGCCAAUGUGUUGAUUCAACCAACGCCGACCAGACUUGGCAAGCCAUCCAGGAGAAAAUGAGCUACGGUUCUGGUAUUGCACCUGGCAUAGGAGAUCCGCAUCCAGGAGACCUAGGCGAUGCGCCAACUCCUUCACGAUCGAGCUCUAAGGCCUCGAAGCGAUCCUCUUUCCAGGACCUUCGAAAAGCCACAGCUCUGGGUCUCCCUUUUAUGAAACAACACGACCAAUCCUAUCCAUCCAUUCACCAAGAUCGAACUUCGGAAGAGUCAAUUGACAACACCGGGCUGCGCAAGCAAAAAUCACGCAAGGAACUCUCAAAACAGGCCAAGCUUCUGAAGAAAGUCAGCAAUCUCGAAGACAAAUUGGAGCGAGCUCGACGAGAACUUCGUCAAUUGACGGGCAACGAGGAACGAUUACCUGCCCCAACGCCAGAGCGAAAAUCUAUGAGUUUCGACAUGGAUCCCGGAAGCUAUCCUCGCAAAUUCGUCCCAGGUGCUCUGCCCACCCUUCCAUCAGAACGGCUGCUCGAUCAACAAGCUGUACUCUCCGAAUCACCUGAACCCGCCACUGAACUAACCGCUUUGCCAUCCAUGGAAAGCCGAGCAGGCAUUUCGCUCGCGGAAGCACAACCAUCCCAGGGUACUAUCGCGAAUAGGUCUCCACACAGGCGACCGGGAGAGCCACGGCCAUCCUCCAUGGGUAAGGAAAGCUCUUCCCGCAAAAGGAAGUCCCCCAUUCCUGAACCUGUCGUCGCUAGUCGGAACCCGAACCACCGUGAUGAGUCCUGUCCGACGCGCCGCAUCGACGUCGACCGCGACAACCUCAGCCUACCCCUACCCGACUACGACGACGACCUGAUAGACUUCGGUCUUCUCAGUCCUCCACGCCAGCCGAAGUUACAGAAAUUCGAAGCCGACGAUAGCCCCGGCUCCGUCGAGCGCAAGCGGCACCUGGACCUAUUCGCGCACCACCCUCCAGGUUCGAUGCAUAAAAGGUCCCCAUCUACCCAAUCCCGACUUUCUUCUUCGGCCAUCACCCGCUCACCAAGUUCCAAGGCCGUCAGAUCACCUCCCCCGCUGCGUAUGAGACGCGCCCAUUCCAAUCUGCGCUCCGUUUCGCCGAGCAUCACCGCCGUGCCUGACCCGGACACUGCAAUUACUAACAUGGGACUUUCGUCUUCGCCUCUGCAAACCGACCGCCAUAGCACGUUCUACAUGCAGCCGCAUCGCCAGCUGAAUCCCAAUCGCUCCCCCUCUUCUUCGCCGUCCAAAUCAAGCCCGAGCCGCAAGCGCAGACGACAGCACGAGGACAUCCCGCCUGUACCCCCGCUUCCGAAAGAGCUGCUCAUGAAUGCUGCUAAGGUCAACAGCUCGCCUAGGAAGAGUCUCAGUCCGGAAAAAGGUCACAUGGGGACAGAAGACGCGUUAGAGAUGCCUUCUGGGACUGAGAAUUAUCCAUGGCCGGAAGAUAUCUUUUAG